AUGGGUGGGCCAAAAGGGGAGGAGGACCACUACACCUUGCUGGUAAAGGCCUGGGAGACCAAAGUGUUCCCUACCAUUCGUAGGAGCUUCCCUAACGAGGCUGAGAGGAAAUCUGGCCUGGACCAAAUCAAAGGAGCUCUGCAGCUUGGCAUGGUGGACAUAGCAAGACAGACAGUGGAGUUCCUGUAUGAAGAGAAUGGCGGCAUUCCUCGGGACCUGUACCUCCCUACCAUCGAGGAUAUUAAGGACGAGGCCAACAAGUUCACUAUUGACAAAGUUUGCAAAGGCUUGACUCCGCUCUCCGGACAGCAACAACACCAACAGCACCACAGGAGGGACAGCCCUGCCCAAGUUUGCUAUCCGGGGCAUGUUAAAGACCUUUGGUUUGCACGGCGUGGUGCUGGUGAGGUAUUGGUAUCCUAUUGAGAUGCUGGAG